UGCCAGAUCCCAAGUCGAGCAGGAUCAGGAGAACCACGAGGGUCGGCUUGCUCUCGCGCUCAAGAUGGAUCGAGCCUCACGAAUGCUGGAUUUCGACGGCCGCCUCACGUUUCCGCGCUGUCGAAGCAAGACGACGACAAGAUCCCGGCUUGACCAAAAGACGGCUUAGACAGGUGUCGAAUGGAUGCACGGAGGUCAACAUGUCCAAAGUCACCCGCACAAGAUCUCUUUGCUGCCGAGUGCCCCGUUCAAAGUCCUUGAUGCUCCAGGGCUUCGCGAUGACUUCUAUUGCUCAAUAAUGGCGUAUGAUUCAAACAGCAACACCCUCGCAGUUGGACUGGGCGGCCUUCUAUACAGCUGGGACGAGGCCACGGGAGUCAUACUCUUGAACGGCGCAUUCAGGGAUAGCUCAUGGCUGACCUCAAUGGCGUUCUCCUCAGAAGCCGGUGAAAAGUCCAUCCUAGCUUUUGGGCGAUCAAAUGGUGUUCUCAUGCUCAUGUCCAUGUACGACCGCCUACUGCCACGCAUAGAGACCGCGCUCUCCUCACCUGUCGCCUGCGUGAGCUGGCGUCCUACACCGGUUCCCAGGAAGUCGCUCAACCCUUUCGGAUCUGGUGCCACCGUGUUGACCGAAGACCUGGUCGUGGGUGACGAGGCUGGCGAUGUCUACUACUACGCGGUCGAGUGGCCGGACAAUUGGGAGGUUGCCCGCGACAACUGGCCGGGUGCCAUCACUCUCAUUGCCCACAUCAAGGUUCACUCACAGCAAGUCUGUGGGCUUGCCUGGUCCAACUUUGGAGAACAGUUUGCCACAGGAGGCAAUGACAACCUCUGCUGCCUUUUCGACGUCGACAAGAUUGUCGCCGACAACAGCACCCCUGACACGACGGUGAGAUCGCUUCCUCGUGGCAGCGAGAGACAACGGUGGAGGCACAGUGCUGCGGUCAAAGCGAUUGCUUUCUGCCCAUGGCGGCGAGGCCUGCUUGCCACAGGAGGUGGCUCCAACGACAAGUGUAUUCACUUCUACCACGCAGGAUCAGGUGCCACGCUCGCCACGAUUGCCGUGUCAGCGCAAGUCACGUCGCUCAUCUGGAGCACAACGCGCCGCGAGAUUGCUGCGACAUUUGGCUAUGCGCAGCCAGAUCAUCCGUACCGGAUCGCCGUUUUCAGCUGGCCAGACUGUCGUCAAAUCGCGGCCAUACCGUGGGAAGGCGAGCACCGAGCUCUGUAUGCAAUCCCUUACCCUGGAGGACCAAGGGAGACAUACCAUCACAAGGCUGGAAAGAGGCAGAGUCGGACGGCCGCAGAGGGCUGCAUUGUCGUUGCGAGCAGCGAUGAGAGCAUCAAGUUCCAUGAAAUCUGGCUCGCCGAGCGUAAGGCUACGACCGGACUGGGCAGUGGUGUCCUUGGUGGGAGUGACAUCUUGGAAAUGACAGAGGGCAUUGAUAAGGAAGGUGACGUGAUCCGAUGAGGCUGGCAGAUACGAGGAUUAUUGCGAGACAAUACAUUACUGGUUAGCCUUAUGUCACGCACGUCGACCGCUCCACCGCAGGCGUGUGUUCUCAACCUUCAGGCGCUUUUACCGUGCAGGCUUCCG